AUGUUAAGAAUAAUUAGUAAGGCCGGUGGAGAACAAUGCAGCAAUGGCAUAGUUUCUUAUAACAAUAGAAGCAAAAAUAGUAAAAAAGAAUAUAAGUCAAACACAAUGUUUGAACCAGUUACAUUAAGUUGCAACAUUAAUUGCCUAAAAAUCAUAAUUAAACUAAACAACGUUUUUGGUCUAGUACCACAUUACAACUUCAAUAAAGGCAGUAUCAAAAAAUCCUACUCCUUCUUAUGGGUUUUAAUACAUUUAGCGACCAUUUUGUAUUACAUCUACGAUUGUAUUUCUUUGUCAAUUGAUCCUAAUAUAAAAGGCACUACUGUAACUGAAGUACCAUUAAGUUUUUUACCAGCAAUGUCGAUUUUCAAGACAUUUUCCUUGGACUCACAAAUAUGGAAGCAAUACUUCAACAACACCCUAGACCUGGAAAAAUAUUUCAAAAACAAAUUGCCAAACGACAAACAUCAUUCAAUGGUUGCAAAGUUUUAUUCAACCUUACUCCUAACACAUUUAAUAAUAAUUAUGAUUAUUUUAUUUACGGUGUGGCAUAAAAACCCUUUUGAUACAGCCUUUUUAGCUGUCAUCUACAUUUGGGAAACUUACAAUUUGGUUAUUUUUAAUUUGUUUAUCAAUGCUAUGGCCAUGUUUUUGCUUGUCAGCUACAAAAACUUAAAUGAACUAUUGAUGGUUGAUAGUUCAGAGCAAAUUUUGAUAGAAAUUGGAAGGGUUUUUGGACAUUUGCACCAAACAAACGAAUUAUUUAAUUUGGUUUUUGGUCAGCAACUGUUGCUUGUUACCGUUUACGUUGUUUUGGAUAUUUUGGAUUUGCUCAACAUGUGGAUGCUGUAUUUUCUGAUCGACGGCCACGAUCAGCUUCCUUUGUAUAUUUACGAGGAGUUUGGAUAUUUUUUGUUGCUUUGGAUGUCUUACUCUUGUAUUGUCUUCUCCUGUGACCUGACGAAAAAAGAAGCUAAAUAUUUCACCCAAAACUGUCACAAAAUCCACUUGAACCAGCCGACAAACCGCAAAUUAGUCGAUUUGGCUCGUACCUCCGAAAUCCUGGGCCCAGUUUUCACUUGUUCCGAUUACGUACCGGUCGACAGGCAAAUAUUUUCUAGCAUAGCCAACGUUGUUUUGGCGUACCUAAUUGUUAUUAUUAAUUUUAAUAAUAGCAAAGCCUAA